AUGCCUUCGUUUGGGUUAGGCCUUUAUCAAGCAGAUGCCAAUGAACGAACGGUAAAAGUUGUUAAAACUGCGAUUGAUCUCGGCUAUCGACUACUAGAUACAGCUCAGUUAUAUGGAAAUGAAAUUCAAACUGGUCAAGGUAUAAGAGCUUCACAAAUUCCGCGAGAACAUAUAUUUAUUACAACAAAACUUUAUACGACUACUGGGGGACGACGUCAAGUACUUCAAUCGUUUCAACAAAGCUUAAACAAUUUAAUGGUGAAUUAUAUUGAUCUCUAUCUUAUUCAUGCUC